AAGCGAGUACCAGUGAUAGAGAGCUUUUCAAACGAGGGACAUUGUUGAGGUAGCUAUGAGUGAGAUUAAACUAAACUGGUUGUGCAAGAUUUAUCUGUCUCCAAGGGCACCAAAGAAGAAGAAAGCAGAUCAGGGAGAAGAGAAUGAGAAGCUUAAGAAAGAAGAAGUCGUAUUAAAGGAGGAGGUUGAACAUCUGGAUUUGUAUCAACAGGGCCAAUCGCAGCCUCAUGAUAUGGUGUAUCAGCAACCACAGUACUGUUUACUUCCACCACAACAUCAAGCGCAGCCUUUAAGUUUUUCUGAGGAUUUUGAAGAUUUCUUGGCUGAAUUCAUUAAGCCACAUUCACUGGAUGGAGAUGAGGAUUCCAACAGUCAUGGUUUAUUUGAAGGCUUCGCCACAGAUAAUGAUAAAAUGUUGCACUAACUGAUCACAGCCUCUCAGUCUAGCUUGUAUGCCUUUAUAGGUUUUGUUAUGAGAUAGAAGAUUUUCUUGUGUUUUGUUUGCUCUGUUUCCUUUAUCGGCAAUGUUCUCUGAAAACUUGAUAUAACAUACUCUUACACAUUUUACUCAACAUUCUCUUAUCGUCUUAGAA